AUCGAAUUAUCAAGUUAAGGCUAUCAUCUGUAGCUUGAUCUCCUUGUAGUUUGUAGAUGAAAAUAUUUUUAUGGGUUUUCAUUGAAUAAGGUUCAAUUUAGGUUAAUUAACACUGUAUCUAGGGUUUGUGGUUGUAUUUAUUGGCUAAUUUUGACUUGAUGAUGUUUGGUACUGAUUAAUUUCUUUUUCUGUUGCAUUGUUGAUCUGGGUCUGGGACUUCAAUUCUCAACUGGUUAUUGUCCUUUGCAGUGCUUGCUGGGCUUGCAUUUAUGUUUUCAGCUAGUAUCUUGCUACAGAUUCUGGCUUGUGCAAUAUACAGCAACUGGUGGCCAAUGUUGUCAGCUCUCAUGUAUGUGUUAGUGCCUAUGCCUUGCUUAUUCUUUGGAGGUGGAUCUACUCAGUUUCUAACUAGCAGGGAUGGUGGAGGUUGGAUAGAUGCUGCUAAGUUCUUGACAGGAGCAUCAGCUGUAGGAAGCUUAGCAAUUCCUAUUAUCCUUAGGCAUGCACAUAUGAUUGAGACGGGUGCUAUGUUCAUCGAAUUCACAUCAUUCGUCAUAUUUGUAUGCACCGUCUUGUGUUUUCAUCGAGCUAGUCUCGAAGAUGAAUGGUGACCAAUAACGCGCAUACAUCGUUGAUCAGAGGACCUAUUUAUUAUGAUAGGCAGGAAUAUAGAAAAGAAAAUGAGAAACUUUCACGCUGUAUAUAUGUUAUUGGUAUAUAUAUCUUUGAGAGGCAGUUGAUAAUUUGAUUUGUGUUGUCCGUGACUUAAUGCUUGACAACUUUUAUUUCGCUUGUUUCAUUUAGACAAACUAAUGUUUGAUAUUAUUCAACUGUAGAAAAAAAUUGAAAGUAAUUUUGUGUGGUU